AUGGAAACCUGGAGAGUCUGCUACUUCAUGAACAAGGUGACACCUACAAUUCCACGUGUAGCACAUGCAGAUACACUUUACGUCUACAAUUUGCACGUUUGCAUGGUGCAGUACAUUACGUUUAUCCCAUCAUCUGCACACGUCUCCCUGGACAAUUGCUCGACCUUUUCUGACGAUGUCAAGAUGGACAAAUCCUUCAGCUUUCGUGACAGACAAGUUUCGAAUGCAUUUCGAUUACCUCAUGGUUGCGGGAGGAGGAGGACAUGCUGCACUGCUGCGGCAGCAAAAGGUUCGCCAAGGAGAUGGCCUCCGCUUGUCGCUUCGCCGACGUCCAGCACGCCCACCGAGUCGCCCGCGACAUCUGGUUCAACAAGGUCGACGUCGCAGGAUGGCUUGAGGCCGUCUCGGCUCACCUGGCGAUCGGAGCCACCUCCCCGUCUUCUCCCAGUGGAGCAAGGAAGAGCAAUCCGCUGCGAUGGCUACUGCCACCGAUUCCAUCUUGCAGGUAGCAGCCCUCGCACCCAUCCUCCCUCCUGGAUGUUGCCCGUGCCUCUCCAGCCUCUGGCAUGGAGGUUCACCUUUGAGAUGUGGAAGGGAGCUCAGCGUCACCCGUUGUUUACAAACAGAGAAUUCACUGACUGGGUGUUGGUGGAUCAUGAGAAUAUUGUAGAAGCUUCGAGCUUUUCACCAGUGCAAAAAUUGGAUGGUUGUGUAAUGAUACUCUCAGUUGCCAAGGCUAGCGUAAGGUAACAUUCCACCCUAAAGAUUGUCAUACAUAUCACUGUGCAACAGGUCCACAGACCGAGCAAUGUGUUGACUUGGGGAACUAUCCCCACAUUACUGGUGAAAAGCCUGGUUGAUUUCUAUUCUUCAAUUUGAUGUGAGGUGAACAAAUAGACACCCUAAAGAUGUAAUGGUCAAUUGUAAUUGUCACUUACGGUUUAUAAGUUGCGUGGUUUACCAAAAUCAAUGGAUGUGAACAUGUUGAUGCCAGUUUGGAGAAAAAAUUAGGACUGUUCUUAAACAUA